UGUACAUAUAACCUCAACCGAAAAGCGCCAAAUAUUUAGCUAACAUUGAACAAUCCAUUGUUAGAUUUUACAAUUUAAGUUUUGAUUUUCUUUGGUUGAAUUUAACAUUUAUUUUUUUACUUUGUGCUUUGUAACCAACAAUCAACUGAUAAUUAUCAAGAAUGAAUCCUGAAUACCGCCCAAGAAUUGUUUCUGAUAUCAUGCAAAGUCAAUUUGGUAAAAGCGUGAUACUUUUGGGCCGAGUUGCUAGUGUUGAUCCAUCUGGCAAGAAAUUUUGUCUUAAAGACUGUGCCGGCCAAAAUGUCAUUGUCUUCUUGAAGCAACCGAUCUCUGGUAUCUUAGAAUUAGAAACAUGGUGUGAAGUUGAAGGCAAAGUCAAAGGAAAAGGUGCCAUGGAAGCUGACAGAUUAGAUCAGCUACCUGAAUCGUUGUUCGAGUCAUUCGAUGCUGAGCUUUAUGUUUCAAUGGUUAAAAUGCUAAUGGCUCCAGGAACAUCCAACAACUUUAUUAUCUAUGAUAAAAAUGAGCAUCAUGGUGAUAGUGACAAUGUUGAACUAAUCAGCAAUCCUUCGGAUGCAAACAAAACAGACUUGGACGGACUUGAUGCUGAACAAAGCUUCCUCAAUCUAUAAAUCAACGUUAUUUUGUACUUUGCCAUAUUUUCAAUUUAAAUUUACUAUUACAGCGUAAAAAACUCAUCACCCCAAAGUCAAAAUUUAUAUUCUCUAAAUAUUUCUGUUUUUAAAAAAAAUUGUCAUUCGUUGUAUUUAUUGAAAUCUUCAUAUUAAAAUUCAAGAUUUUUGAAGAUUA